AUGAAAGUGGAGAGGAAGAGGGAGGAGGAGGAGUGGCAGAGAUACGAUGGAAAAGGCAUAGCUGAAGAAGAUGCCUCGCUGGUUGAAAGGCGAGUAAAGCAUCAUCUUCCUUCUUUGCCUCCAGACGCAGUUAUUCUAGAAUCGUCUGGAAUAGUUGCACAUUCACAAAAUCCAGCCAUUUCCAUAAUCCCAACCAAUAAUCCUGAUGUGGUCGUUGCUAACAACAGCAACACCAAUAACAGAGUUAGGCUUAAAUGUUCGACGAAAUCUAUUGUCAGUGGAAAUGUAAAUCUCCGAGGCGAUGAACUAGAUGACGAAAAAAAUAAUAUUACAACUAGGUUGAAACUUCGAGAAUCUACGAUGGCAUCGAUUGAAGCUACCAUGAAUAUGAAUAAUAAAAGGAAUAAAAAUAAUCUUUCGAAAUUUGCUUUCUUGACAAAAAGUGAAUCUGAAAACCUUGAAGAUGGAUAUAAAUGGCGCAAGAGUUACUAUCGUUGCACUACAAUUGGUUGCAAUGCGAAAAAGAGAGUGGAGAGGUGCCUGAAUGACCCCACCCAUGCACUAACUACCUAUGAAGGUUUGCACACUCAUGAUUUGCCACCAAUCCUCCCUCCUCCGUCAAGAUCUUUCAGUCUCUACAACAACUCCACCCUUAGUUCCAUACUUGGUAGAGGCAGAGGUAUACAAAAAGGUGUAGCUUCAGAUGCAGGUACAGGUGCAAGGGCAAGAUAUCAUGCUAAUAACACUAUUACUAGUGUUAAUGCUAGAACUGACAGUGGUAGUGGUGUUAAUAACAUUGGCUCGCUUGAGAAUAUUGGUACCGGACUGCUUGAGGAUAUUAUUAAUUUGUCUUCAGUAGCACCUCAAUAUCAUCAUCGUCAUCAACCAACAACUCUAUAG